AUUUAAAAAAGUUAAUUGACGUUCAUCGUGCUGGCAUAUUGCGACUGUUUUAGUUGCAUAUUCUAAAUUUAAAUUUAUUGUUUUUUAAUUGUUAUAGCAUGAAGGUCUUAGUGUAUUUAUUUGUAAUUGCAGUUUUUGUGUUUGUGGAAUGUAACCAUACAUUUAUGGGCUCGAAUGUGUUUCGACCUCUGUUAUUUCAUCGGAAUGUUCGGUAUUCCUCGAACUUGUGGAGAAAACGCGUGGAAAAUUUCACUUACACAAUACCUUCUAGCUCAUACCCGUACUAUAGACCCACCAUCCAGGGGAUAUUGGCGUAUGAUUUGACCAACACCAGCGCAACUGCAAACGUCACUUACGGCGGGAUCGGGUUUCAAUAUGUGACGCUGCGAAUGAAGAGUGAUAAAAACCGAGAAAUUAAUUAUGACAUUUAUAUCUAUGGUUAAAGUAAAUAUAAAAAACUAUAAAUAUAUGUCUGGUUGUAAUCAAGUCACAAUUUCUUAUCCAAAAUUAAAAACUUAUUUACCUAAGUGUAUAAAGUUAGAAAAAUAAUAAAUCUUGUCGAAUCUUUUGUUUUUAAAUAUUUAUCUUAAAAGGAUAUUUACGCGAAGAAGGCUGAAAACCUAUUUUAAAAACAAAUGAUCCCGAAACAGAUACAGAAGUUUGAGACCCAGACCGAGAAGGUUUUUUUCUAUAUUCUCAGUACUGCUUUAUUUAUCUACCAACGUAUAGUGUGUCCUUAAACCUUGUAAUCAUUUCUUAUCUUUGUUUGUUAUUAGGAUACAUAUAUACAAAAGAUACCAUAAAGUGUAUUAAUGUCAAUAUUAUGUUUAUAUAAAUUUUACCAUUCAUCAAAAUAAU